UAAACAUGCAUUUGGAGCCACCCUAUUCAAGCGAAGUAGCAUUGUCAUUCUCUGAUAGUAACCAAACUGAAAUAUUUUCAAAUUUAUUCGAUUCUGACUACAAUUUAUCAGAGUGGUACAAUUUGACGGAAGUGGACAAGUUAUCUGAGUUUCCUUUCCACCUGAACGAAAACGAUUCCACUGCAAACGAUGAAUCACUUCCCAGUGAUCUAGCCGAAAUUCCUUUCGCAACUUUACUCUCACCCUCUGCAGACAUAGAUUUUUCAACAGAUGAAUCAUCUCCACUUAUACUAGAUGGAGAAAGUGAUGAUGAAGAAGAAUUUCUGGAUUCACUGAUUGAGUCCUGCUCACCUGCCGAAUCGAGUGUUAGUUUCGAUGGAGAACAUUCCUCGUGGCCUACCUGUGCCAAAACAUCUUCGUAUCCGUAUUCACCAUCAGAGAGUUAUAAUAAACCUGCUAUUUGGUCACAUCUAUCACAAGACUUUUCGAACGCAGUUCGAACUGAAGAUUUUAAUUUUAAUAAAUUUCAAAUUUCAAACUUUGCAACAGACAAGCAGAACCAGUUUGUUGAGAGGAUGAAGUUCGGUGGGCUGGAUGCAAAGAAAGAGUUUGAUAACACGAGCUGUUGCAGAAAUGGAACCGAUAACAUAAACUCCAGCAGCAAAAACGUCAUUCAAAAUGGAAUUGUUAGUUCUUCAUCCGAUCCAUCCGUUGCAACAAAUAUAAAUGUCAGGAAGAGACUGGCUGACAUGAUUGGAGCAGCUAAGCUUGGAAACAACGGCUAUUACCAAAAUCGUCAGCAAGCCAAUAACUGGGAAACUAAAUCAUCAAACUUAAAUGCUUCGGAACAUUUUUCUUUUAAUUUAAAUCAAAAUCACGUGACAUCAACAGACUUUUAUCGAAAUGCAAAUUUUGGAAAGAACAGGACCAUUCUAAAAUGCGUUGAAUCUUCGAGUAAAGAAAAAGACUUUAAAUCCAAUCCUUCCAAAGCCCAAACUCAUGCGCAAGUUUCUUUUACGUGUUAUUGGAUAGAUUGCAAUGCGAAGUUUCCAAGUCAAAGUUCCUUGGUGAGACAUAUUGAGAAGUUUCACGUUGACCAGUGCAAGAGAGAAGAUUUUAGCUGUCUUUGGAUUGGUUGUCCACGAAAACUGAAACCAUUUAAUGCCCGAUACAAACUUCUUAUCCAUAUGAGAGUGCAUUCAGGUGAAAAACCGAAUAAAUGUAUGUUCAUUGGCUGUGAUAAAGCAUUUUCUAGAUUGGAGAACUUGAAGAUUCACUUUAGGUCCCACACAGGCGAAAGACCUUACCAAUGCCAGUAUGUGGGAUGCCCGAAGGCUUUCAGUAAUUCUUCGGAUCGUGCCAAGCAUCAAAGAACGCAUCAAGAUUCUAAACCCUAUUAUUGUCAAGAGCCAGGAUGCUCAAAAAGGUAUACGGAUCCAAGUUCUUUAAGAAAACAUGUUAAAAACCACAUACUAAAGAUGGAGCAGAUAAACAAAAGGGUA